CAUCAUUGGAGCCGCAACGUCAACCCUCUGAGGGCUAUAACUCAUCGAAUCAACCAAAAUCCCUCAGAUCUAGUUCAACACUCAAAAUGUAAACAUCGCAACAGGAGAAUACUAGUCCAAAACAGUGAUUGUAGUUGGUGAUUUCGUACGAUACAAACCUCAGCGAUGGCAAUUUCUCUGCGAAUAACGUUGUCUCUCGGCUUCGUCUUCCUGUUUCCAUCAGGAAUAGCCGUCACUAAAAAUCCGAAAGGAGCAACGUACUGCGAGUUUUACAAUGCAAAUCUCUGCGGAAAAUCCGCGACAGAAUGCCCAAAGCGUGAAGAAUGUCCACCUCCAUCGCCGGGUAAAAGAAAUCACUGCUACGUACUGUGGCAGCACAAUAAUGUGACAAAAACAUCCACUUUAAAAAUGAAGGGCUGUUUUUUCGACAGCAAAGAGUGCUAUGACAAAGUGCAAUGUGUGGAAAAUAAUAUCGACAGGAUGAAGCAGAUGUUCUUUUGCUGCUGUGAUGGAAAUAUGUGCAAUGAUAAUUACAAAUGGGAUCCAAAGCCUGUAGACAAAAAUAUUAUAAAUGGAGAUUCUGAAGCAGAUCAGAAUCCUGAUCUAAUAUUUAUGACGACGGUGCUGUCUGUGUCAUUAUCCAUCUCCAUUCUUACUAUUGUAUUGUUCUUGCUCUAUUGUCACUACAAACGUAAGCAAUUUAGCCACGACAAUCACCCAUCCCCAUUGGAACUCAUUCUUCAGGAACAAUCAUCACCAAAUUUAGAUUUGCGGUCAAUACAAUUAGUUGAAAUGAAGACGAGAGGAAGGUUCGCCGCAGUUUGGAGAGCGGAAUUCAAGAAUGAGACUGUUGCUGUGAAGAUUUUUCCGAAUAAGGGCAAACAGUCGUGGCAAACAGAGCAGGAGAUUUUUAGAUUACCGCACAUGCAUCAUGAAGAUAUUUUACAUUUCAUUGGUUCAGAGAGAAAUCAUGAUGACUUGAAAACGGAAUUCUGGCUGGUUACGGUGUAUCAUGAAAAGGGUUCGUUGUAUGAUUAUUUGAAAGCUAACGUUGUUACCUGGUCGGAGACGUGCAAAAUUGCGGAAUCCAUAGCCAGGGGGUUGAUGCAUCUUCAUGAGGAGAUACCAGCUGACAAGGUUCAUGGACAGAAACCAGUGGUUGCUCAUCGGGAUUUCAAGUCGACGAAUGUUCUUCUCAAGGCUGAUAUGAGGGCUUGCAUUGCGGACUUUGGACUGGCACUUGUUUUUCAUCCGGAUAAGCUGUGUGGAGAUACUCAUGGACAGGUCGGCACACGUAGAUACAUGGCUCCAGAAGUACUUGAGGGAGCCAUAAACUUCACUCGAGACUCAUUCCUACGAAUUGACAUAUACGCCUGUGCUCUAGUUCUCUGGGAAUUAGCAUCUAGAUGUGCUGCUCACGAUGGACUAAUUGGAGAGUACACAUUGCCGUUUGAAGAAGAAAUUGGUAUGCAUCCAACACUGAUGGAUAUGCAGGAGAUUGUGGUGCAUAACAAGGUACGCCCAUUGAUCUUGGAAUCGUGGAGGAAACAUUCCGGACUUCUUGCCCUGUGUGAUACAAUUGAGGAGUGCUGGGAUCACGAUGCCGAGGCCAGACUCUCAGCUUCGUGUGUCACCGAGAGAAUUUCUGGUCUUAGCCAGAGUCUAGAUGUUGAUUUUUCAACUGUGAUUAAGGUAGACAAUAUUGAUAGAUCGAUGGACAUCAAAGGAUUUGACAUGUGAUCAGUUUUCAUUUUAAUUUUUUUAAUUUUUGAUUUCUUUAUAUGCAAUUUUCUUUGGUAAUGCUAUCAUAUGACAGAUUGUUGGAGAUUGUGCGUGACUUGAUGAAUUUCAUGUAGAAUUUACUUUCUCCUCAUAUAAUUUUUGGUGUUGCGUGAGAGAAGGGAUAUAAUACAAAAAGAUUCUUACGUACCCGUUCAUUCGUAUCAAAUUCUUGACAAUGAAAAUGAGAAAUAAUUAUCCUGAAAUGGAAUUUUAUUAAUUUUUUAAAAUUAAAUUUUGGAUUUUUAUCGUUCUCACGGGGAUCGAAUAAAAUACCAAGGGAUCAUUGUUCACAAAAAGAUUUUUUUAUUACUUUAAUAUAUCAUCAAAUUUUUCAAUUUACAUUUCUAAUAAUUGUAGAACAAGAAUGUAAUGUAACAAUUUUCCACAGUGCUUUGAUAACAUAGCAGUAUAUGAAGAGUAAAAUAAUAAUAAUUGGUAUGAGCGAAAAAUUCAGAAUUGAAAAAAUGUAGAAUUGAAAAAUACUUAUUAUUAU